AUGGCGCCUGGAACACCACCACCGAGCGUGCCGACGGUCGCCGAGACCAUCAAGCAUCCUGCUUUCCCAACAACACUCUGGGAGCUUGAGCCGGACCGCCAGGGCCUGGCGCCGGUUGCCCAGGGCCGUGGCGGACCAUUCAACAUCUCCUGGGAAAUACAUGGUGUCGGGCCGAUCAGGCUCAUUUUCAUCAUGGGCCUGGGCGGUUUUAAAUCUGCCUGGCAGCGUCAAACGCUGCACUUCGGCCACGAACGGCGCGACCAGUACUCGGUCAUGCUGAUUGACAACCGCGGGAUGGGCGACAGCGACACGCCACUGAUGCGGUACAGCACGAGCGAGAUGGCACUGGACAUUGCCGAAGGUGCUGGCCGACCCCUCCGUCGGCUGGCUGCCCUCCUACCCCCUACCCGCCUCCCCACCCCCCAAACGCACCAUCAACGUCGUAAGCAUCUCCCUCGGCGGGAUGAUCGCGCAAGAGAUAGGACGUGA